UCGCCUCCUCGCCCCCCCUCCGCCGGCCGAUUCGAGCCUCCUCCGCCCGCCCUCUCCCUGCGCCGCACCCCCGGCCGCACCACCAACACCGCGCAGGCAGCACUGCUGGACGCAAGGGAGCAGCCGCAACAGCCCCCCCAGCAGGGACAGCAGCAGGGGCAAAGCCACUCAGCCGCCGCAGCUGAAACCACCGCCACACCUUCCUCCUCCUCCUCCUCCUCAGCAGCAGCAAGUGCAGCAGUACCUGAGGUGCCCCAGCAGCAGCAGCAGGCGGAGCAGGAGCAGCAGGAGAAGGAGCGUGCGGCGCUGCGCGCAGCCGCAGCCGCCGCCGUGGCCGCCAGUGAGGUGACCCCUGGGUCGGUGGUGGCGGGUCGGGAGCACUGGAUGGUGAUCACGGUUCCGGAGCAGCCGGUGGCUGGGGCACCGCUGCGGGUGCUGUUCAACCGGCAGCAGAGCGAGAAGCUGAGGCAGCGCCCUCACAUCCUGUUGCAGUACGGAUUCAACCACUGGGAGCUGCAGCCCCCCGCCUCGGAGCCCUCCGCCUCCGCUUCCCCCGCGCAGCUGGCUCCGGUGGAGGGGGUGCCCCGGGGCGAGGGAGUGGACUUCUGGGGGGCGACGGUGCAGGUCCCGCCCGACUCCUACGAGGUCAACUUCAUCCUGCACGACGGUGCGGGGGCGUACGAGAACAACAGCGGGCUGGACUUCACCUUCCCCGCGGCGGGGGGGCUGACAUACGAGGCGUGGGUGGACAGCGCCGCGGAGCGGGCAGUGGCGCGGGAGCUGGCGCGCAGGGAGGCCGAGGCCCGGGCUGCUGAGGAGGCGCGUGUUCGGGCGCACCAGACCAUGCUGGCGGAGGCGGAGGAGUGGGGGCGGCGCCAGGCGGAGGAGCUCCGAGCCAACCUGACCACCCUACAGUCCGGUGCCACCACCCGCCUCACCCGGCCCGACACCGGAGCCACCGUAUUCCGGGUGCUGUCACUCACCUCGAGUGGUGGUAGCAGUGGCAGCAGCAGUAGUGGCAGUACGGCAACUGCUACAACCGCAGCACCAUCAGCAUCAGCAGCCGGCCCGCCGGCCCCUCCUCGUGCCGGCGAGCGACUGCUGCUGCAGUACAACCGGAAGGCCGGACCCAUGGGUCGCUUCCCGGUUCCCGCGGG